UCGAUAUUACGCUGAGUUAUAAUUUUCAGUUGUCGCGGUGCAGUUGAAAUAUAAUGAAAUUUUGAUGAUUGAAAUAAUAAUUUUGGAAAGAUGUUGAUGAAAUUCGUUGGGAUAUACGUUACUUGUAUUAUUUUUCAAAAUGUACGAGGAGCCGAAGAAAAGAUUGAAACAUCUUGUAAUAUCAACUUGAAAAAAUCUAUUCAAUGUGUUAGUGAGAAAUUCUUGAGUUUUUCCAUUGAUCCUGCUGUCUUGUUAGCUGGGGUGAAUUUGAGCGAGACCUCUCUGCGCCUGGCUCAGCACCUGAGUCCAGCCUACAUCAGGAUCGCUGGCCCCUCCACCUCCUUCGUGAACUACGUUGACAAGGACGACAGAUUCGCGAAUUAUUUAUCUGAAGAUGGAAACAGUGUUAUCGUAACGCCCUCGAUGUGGUUUGGGAUUAAUGAGUGGUUCAAACUGGCUAAUUUGAUGCCGGUUUAUGGAAUAAAUGAUAUCGAUACCGAGGCAGGGAACUGGAACCCUAAAAGCGUGCUGCCCCUUUUGGAGAUAUCUGACAAACUCAACGUUUCCUGCUACUGGCAGCUAGGAUUUGAUUCUACAAACAAGACUGAAAUGAUAUAUGAACAGGAUCUUAAUAUACUCCAUGACGUUCUGGAAGGUUUUACCGAACGAAAUGAAACCUGGAAAAUUGUUGGGAGUGACAUCAGUCAAUUUCCCGCAGAUCGUACGGAAAAGAUGAUGGUGGAGUUGAAAGAUGUAGUGACAGCAGUGAUGUGGGAACC